AUGAGGGUGCUUGUGUACUUUGAAGGCUCCUGUGAGCAUUUUGACAUCCCUUCAGAUCAGACUGUGGGGAGCAUGAAGCAGAUGUUGAAGGAAACAUUUCUUAUGCAACUGUCCGAUGACAAGCAGGUCCGGCGCUACCUGGAGCUGAGCUAUGGCGGAGCUGCUCUGCAGGACAGCUGGGCACUGUGUGAUGUGGGUGUCACCAGUGGCAGUGCGAUCCGAUGCCUGAUAAAGAGUGAGCGAAGGCCUGUGAUGCAGGUGUUCAAUGCUGUGACAGGAGAAACGUUACCAGUCACAGGAAGUGAGGCUCUUCUGCGCAUGUCCGUCGCAGGAUUGAAAACGAUGGUGUCCGUGCAGAGCGGCCUCCCCGUCAGCACCUUCAGACUCAGCAGCCUGACACAUGUGCAGCUCUUUGACUGUAACCGGCUGCAGGAUUACGCCAUUGAAGUGGGCACUACUCUCUGUUUGGACACGUGGGAUGGGUGGGUGGAGUUCCUCCACGGUUGCCUCCUGGGACAAAGAUUGAAAGUGCAGAGCCACCUAUCAGAGGAGAGGAGUGUGAUGAGGUUUCAGCUGCGGGUGGCGCUGUACAUCGCUGCCUCUUUAGGCCACCUGGACCUGGCGGGCUGGCUGCUGGAAAGGGGGGUGCAUUCUGAGGAACCAGUGGGAGUCCAUCCGUACCGCCAAUGGUGCCACCAAACCGCCCACCAAGAUGCCGGAAAGAGUCCCAUCCAUACAGCUGCAGAGGGCGGUCAGCUCCUCAUCCUCAAACUGUUCAUCUCAAGAAACCUUUUGAGCUUGGCUUGUCGGGACCCGGUUGGUCGUGACCCUUUGAAAGUCGCCCUUCAGCAUGGCCACAGGGAUUGUGUGCGCUACUUAGCCAAUAAGCUGUGCUCUGUAGUAUCCCUGCCUAAUAUAUCACUACCCAUGCGGAUAUACCGUCAAACAAAACGCUGGGUGAGUUUGGGGCGGAGACGAGUGGCCUCCACUCAAUUCCAGUACACCAGCGCUCCAUUCAAAGGCAGGGUGGGUGACAUGUUGCUGGUAGAUGGCUUCAACCAGCCGCAGAUGUCUUCCAAAUCCAGGAGAGCUGAAACCAAACCAAGGAAAAGAAACAGAGUUAAAGCCGUGCAACACUUACCACCCAUUAGCAGGUCUCUCCCAUCCAAAAGGGCACCACAACAACUACCCAGCGUGCAGUCUGUGAAUGACUUUAAAGAGACGCAGAAAAGGUGGAAGCAAGAUGUAAAAAACAGAGAUGAUGAGGCUUGGAAUAAAACAAAGGAGGGAGACAGCCGGUUCCCACGUCUCCCGCCAGUUACCAGAGGAGGCACCCCCAACUCAGUGUUUGUUGGGUCACCAUUAAAAUCAUCUAGUGUUCUGACUGCAUCACUGGAGUCCUUCUCUCAGCACUGUGGACGGACACCAAGGGAAAAUGCCAUAUACUACCUGAAUAUAGCCAGAACAUUCACAGAAAAGCCUUGGUUGAAGCAGCUGACCAUAGCACAGACUUUGGUCAGGAAGCAACUCCAGGCCAUGGAUUGA